AUGCCGCGCAUUGUACAGGACUCAGAUGAAGAGCUGGACGACGAUCUCGAGGGCGACCUUGUGCCACCCAAACAACCAGACGCGUCCACGCAGCCACCCAGUAAUGAGACCCACGGCACAGGAUCCACUGAAUCGCUGAAGAGGGCUAUUGAAAAGGCGCACCGCGAGUAUCUUCAAUCGCAGCCCAGCCAGGAUGAGCCUCAGUCCUCAGUAUCCUUGCCUGAGCAUCCAACUAAGAAGAGAAAGACCGCAGAUGAUCCUAGCCCGCUCAAGCCGUCGAUUGAUGCAUCGUCCAAAAAGAGAGGACCAAUCACCUAUAGCAAGGCUCCUAAAUCUAUCUUUGGUAGCUCUCCAGCAAUCAUCGCUCCACUGGACGACAAGGAAGGCACAAGCCUUGCUAAUUGGAUGCCGGACAGCACUAUGCGCGGAUACUGGAUGAACCACGAACCAGCCAUGUUUAGUGAGCAUGAGCCUUCGAGCACUGUCCCCAACGCUACAAUGACCCAGCAACAUGUUUUGGAAGUUGUUAAUGCUCCGAUGAUGAUGGGCCAAGAGAUCGAUACUGAAGGUCGUCAUUGGGUCCCACCGCCCGAACCAUCGAUACCUUGGUCAGACCUCAUGAAGUUCACACCUGCAGAGGCUGCUGAUCAGACUGAGUUAUCAGAACGUGACCUACCUCCGCUCGAUCUUUCAUUAGCCACCCCGAUUCGGACGACGCAGGGAGGCUAUGAAUACUCUGCGUCCCAACGUAGCAGGCGUGGGUCUUCCGUCCGUCUGAAAAACAGUCCCUUGAAGAACGAAGUUCCGCACACCGACUCCAACAUAACUUCGGCUCUUGAUUUACCCUCUACUGCAUCACCAAGGACCCAGAAGAGCAGUUAUGGAGAAGCAAAGGAGACGCCUCGUCGUUCAAAGUCACAACUAGUACCUAAGGAUCAACCUGACGACGACCUUGCCGCUAUCGGGCUCCCCAAGGAGCAAUACAAACCACGCCCCAGUCGCUCAAGAUCACUCAAGGUCGAAGAGGAGGGACCUAUUGACUACUCUGUCCGACCCGAGAAAGUCAAAAAGGUUAGUAGACGGCGGCAGACAACAGCUGCUGUCGAUGCCAGUAAUAUCAAAACACCUGAAAAGGUACGACAGAUUUGCGACAUGGGCUUCACACCUACGACGACCUCUGGGGCUCUGAAGCGAAACAACGGUGACGUCAUACAGACCAUAGAUUGGCUAGUCACUAACAAUGUUGGCCAUGAUGAGCUUGCACCACCAAGUCCACCUAAAAACAAGCCGAUCACGAACAAGAGUGAGGAGAAACCGGCGAUGGACUCCGAGGCUAUUCAAGAUAUUAUGCGCGAUCUGAACGAGUAUCGCAGAGACGACACCCAGGAUGCCGUGCAAGACACGGUCCACGUUGCGGUGGCGAACGGUACUACUAUGCAUACGGAAACCGCGGAUGAUAUAGCAAGACCUACGGUGACCGAACUGCGUUCCCCGACAAAAGUACAAGUGGUGAUACCUAAAAAGUCUCCAGUUGCCACUUCCAAGCAACCCGCAAGUUCAGCCACAACAUCGAAGAAGAAGGCGAAGCGUAGGAAAACCAUGUCGGAUCAGCCUGAGAGUGAACAGGCCGCAGCAGAUGAUACUGUGCCUGAAGCCAUACCCGCGAAGAAGACGCGUGGUCGACCCAAGAAAAUUGCACCUACUGUUCCGCCCCAGGAGCCCAAUUUAGAACCAAUGGAGCAGACCACGGAGAUGGAACAACACGAAGAAGCUGUGCAAACCACCGAGCCUGAAGCACUUCCGAAAAUAGCACAGCAAAGUUCAGGAGCCGCAUCGAAGGAGAGGAAGCAGUCAAAUUCGGCAGAUACCCCAGAGACAAUGACUGCCAAUGAUCCCAUCCUACCAUCGAAAGCCUCCCCGGCUGCAACAUCAGCAACCCCAGAACCCAAAACAAAACCUACAACCGCAUCGCCAGCCACUACAGGCAAGGUGCCAUACCGUGUAGGACUGAGCAAACGCGCGAGAAUUGCUCCUUUGUUGCGCAUUGUGACGAAAUGA